CCCAACGCGCAAAGGAAACGAUGCGGCAUCAGUGUGCGUCGGGCAUUGUUUACCGACGCACACUGUUGGAGGAUUUGACGAGAGAAGGUAAUAUUUAAACAUGUUUAUGCCACGAGCCCUGAAAGUGAAGAGACCCAUCCAGGGAUCGGGCCACGUUUUGAAUAAGAAAAGUAAAGUUGUUGAAGAGGAGGAUAACAAAAGUGGUUCAGAGACACAUGCUCAAAAGGAGGAAGCAUGUGAAGACAACCAAACACAGCAUAUAACGACAAAACCAGCUGUAAAUUCUGCAGUUUUGACACAAAGUUUAGCUCCUGAAGAUGGACGCAGGCCCUCCUCAGAUGAUGAUGAUGAUGAGGAAGAGGAGGAGGAACCAGUGAAAUCCUUCAAAAAGAGCCAGAGAUGGCCUGAGCCUGGAGAGCCUGUUUGUGUGAUGUGUGGUCGCUAUGGAGAAUACAUCUGUGAUGCCACAGACAGUGAUGUUUGCAGUCUGGAAUGCAAAGCCAACCAUUUAGUGCAAAUGGGGAUGGGGACUGGGGCAGAUGCAUUUAAGCAAAAGGACAAAAACAGAGAUGAAAGGACUGCUCAAACUCAACAGCCAGCAGCUGACCCCGAUGGGGUAGUUGAAAACCAACCAGGCUAUUCCUACAGGGAAGAUCCAUUCAUAUCAGGCCUAACAGAGGAACAGGUGCAACGAAUUAAACAGGAGCUGGGUAUAGAAACCCAGGGAAAAGAUGUCACAAGACCCAUUGUUGAAUUUGAGCACUGCCAGUUCCCUACCACAUUAAGUGGCAACCUGAAAAAGGCUGGCUAUGACACACCCACUCCAGUCCAGAUGCAGAUGGUUCCUGUUGGUCUCACAGGCAGGGAUGUGAUUGCCAGUGCAGACACAGGAUCAGGGAAGACUGUAGCCUUCCUGCUGCCAGUGGUUGUGAGGGCACUUGAGAAAGGAGUGCACAGUGUGGGCAGCCCUGUGGCUCUGAUCCUGACCCCCACUAGGGAGUUGGCCAUUCAGAUAGAGAGACAGGCCAAGGAGCUUGUGAUGGGACUCCCCAACAUGAGAACUGCACUGCUGGUGGGGGGCAUGCCACUUCCCCCACAGCUCCAUCGCCUCAAGAGCAGCAUUAAAAUUGUCAUCGCUACUCCUGGGCGACUCAUUGAGAUCUUGAAGCAGAAAGAAGUGCAGCUUGCCAAAGUGAAGAUUGUUGUGGUUGAUGAGGUGGACACUAUGUUGAAGAUGGGCUUCCAGCAGCAGGUUUUGGAGGUUCUUGAGCAAGUCCCCGAAGAACACCAGACUCUUCUGGCAUCGGCCACCAUCCCGACAGGGACAGAGGAGCUAGCUGGCCGGUUGGUCCGUGACCCUGUACGUAUCACUAUAGGUGAGAAGAACCAGCCGUGUGCCAACGUCCGACAGAUCCUGCUUUGGGUAGAGGAACCGUCCAAGAAGAAGAAGCUGUUUGAGAUUCUUAAUGACAGUAAGCUGUACCAGCCUCCAGUGGUCGUGUUUGUAGAGAGUAAACUCGGCGCUGAUCUCCUCUGCGAGGCAGUCGUCAAGGUGACAGGCCUCACCACCGUGGCAAUCCACUCUGACAAGACCCAGUGGGAACGCAACCGCAUUCUCCGGGGUCUUCUGGAUGGAGACUUUGAGGUAGUGAUCAGUACAGGUGUUUUGGGCAGAGGUCUGGACUUAGUCAACGUCAGAUUGGUGGUUAAUUUUGACAUGCCGAACACAAUGGAUGAGUAUGUCCAUCAGGUGGGCAGAGCAGGUCGGCUGGGACACAGGGGAACAGCCAUCACCUUUCUCAACAACAACAACAAACGGCUGUUCCUGGGGGUGGUGAACCGGGUCAAACCCACGGGCUCCAUUCUGCCCCCUCAGCUCUUAAACUCACCUCACCUCCAUGAACAGCAGAGGAGGGAAAGGCAGAAAAACAAGAAGCAACCUGAAGACUCACUAGUCACCAAGACCAACCUCCUUGACAUCAUAAGGAAACAUGACCGCCGCAAGAAGUAGCGAGUUCUUCCAAUCCUUCAUGGAGUGGUUCUUAUUUACUGAGUAAAAUCUAAAUGUUUCGUUUGUAUAUAUUGUUAAUAUGUAAAUAAAUGAAUGUGUUGUAUUCUAA